CACAGGCUCCACUAUAUUUUUUGACAGCUUCUCCAGUGAGGAGGCAUCUCGCUCAGGAGCGCUUUCACUUUCUCUUGCGUUUCCGAGCACUCUCGCUGUGAGCCUGGGGUUGCCUCACUCCAAACCUUUUAACCAGAAGCCCCUGCAGCACGGCACCAUGAGCAAAAAGAAAAAGGAGUGGAGAGCGGAGAAAGAGCGCUUGCUCAGCCUUGGGCAGGAGGAAAGACGUAAAGAGUACGGGGACAACUAUGUGGCUUUGGACAAGAUUCCCACCUGGAGGCAUCACCACAGCAGAGAGCCAGAGGAAGAGGAGGAGAACCCUGUCUCGUUGUGUGACAAAGUCUCUCUGUACAAGGGUGACAUCACCAUCCUGGAAGUGGACGCCAUUGUGAAUGCUGCGAACUCCAGUCUCCUCGGUGGCGGCGGAGUGGAUGGCUGCAUACACAGAGCAGCAGGACAUUACCUGUAUGAAGAGUGCCACUCACUAAAUGGCUGCGAGACGGGCAAAGCCAAGAUCACCUGCGGCUAUGACCUUCCUGCCAAGUACGUGAUCCACACUGUUGGCCCCAUUGCUAGAGGAAACGUGGGCCAGGUCCAAAGAGAAGAUCUCGCAUCCUGCUACAAGAGCUCCCUAAAGCUGGUGGAGGAGUACAGCUUGCGCUCUGUGGCUUUUCCAUGCAUAUCGACAGGAAUUUAUGGAUUUCCCAACGAGCCGGCUGCCGACAUCGCCCUGAACACCGUGAGGGACUGGCUGAAGGAGAACAAGGACAAGAUGGACCGAAUCAUAUUUUGCGUCUUCCUGGAGAACGACUAUGGGAUUUACAACAGGAAGAUGUCAGAUUACUUCCCUCCAGAUAACGAAGAAUGUGAGGAGGGGAACGUGGCCCACACGGAGGAUGAUACUAAGAAAACCGAUGCUGAUGUUACCAUGGACAGCCAGGUAGAGCAAGAUGUUGAUAUGCUGAGCCAGGGAGACCUGGACAUGGACCAUCUUGACACACCAAGCCAGCAAGCAGAACCCUGUACUUCAGUUGCUGAAAAUCCUGCAAAGGAAAUGACUACAGAAAGAAGUGACCCUGUGGAGGAUGAGAAGUCAGCAGGUGAGAGCAAACCCAAGCAAGAGAAAGAAAAGCAAGAGGAAAAGAAGGGCGAUUCAGAGCAAGGCUCUGGCAGUGCUGGGGUUGAGAAGGAGAAGGGUGCUGGAGAGAAGACUGACAAUGCUCCUGCUGAUACGAAACAAGAAGAUGAGGAAGACCAAGUAACAAGCGUGAACAGCAAGGAUGCAGACAGCCAAGGAUUAGAGGAGACCAUGGAGGUAGAGGGUGCUGAAAACGAGGAGAAAAACACAACUACAGAUAUUAGCAAGUCUGAAGGUGAAGUGAAACAACAGGAUAAAAGCCUUGCAGGGACAAACCAAGUAACUCAAACAGACAGCAGUCAGUCCAAAGAUGGCUCCAGUGAUAAGGGUGAGCCGAGUAAGGAGUGAGAAGACAAUCAGCCUCGUAGUUACACGCACCGGCAAACUGUGCGAAGGUGAACAUGACACCACAUGGUGGAGUCUCCUGAAGAAAAAAAAAAACCAGGGAGAGGAUCUGUCCACCACCAUCUUCCUUCUUCCUUUCCCUUCCUUUCCUUUCCUUUCCUUUCCUUUCCUUUCCUUAUUUGGUUUGGAAUUUAAUGAAACGUAUGAAAUUAGAGAGGCAAACACGAACAUAUCGAAGAAUCUUGAGGGUUACGGGGUGAUACUUUACCUCACUGAAUUUGCUGCUUGAUCAUUUCCAUUCUCCAGGUUUUCCUGGUGCUGGAUCUGAACAGGUACCAAAAAAAAAUAAAAAAAGUUAGUUCUUUGGGUUAGAUGGGUUCUUAAUUACGCUUAUAAAAAAUAAUAUAUUCUCACUGAUUGAUGCUUUGCACAAGGUCUGCUUUAACACAGCACCUUUACAUCAAUUACAAACAUGUCUGACUUUCUUUUUUUUCCUUUAAUACUUAAUGCUAAAAGUGACGUGCCAGUAUGAAUGUCCAUGUCUGCAUAUGGCCAUAUGUAUGAAUAUGCAAGCCAAUGAUAAAAUGAAACACUUGGCAUUAAUGCAGUAAGUGCUUAAUGAAACGGGGGGAGGGGAGGGGGGGGGCAGAUGCAUUCAAGUGCUUGGAUUCCACAUGCAAUUAAUUGAAAUUAAAUAAAGGUGAUAUAUGAACUAUAAAUAUAUUAAAUCGAUAUAUUAAAUUAAUUAAAUAUGUGGUUAAAUAUAUUAAUUAUGUAUGCAAAAUAAAAUGGAUUUCCAAAUUAUAUAUAUAUAUAUAUUCUAUAUGUGGAUAGUUUCAUUUGAAUGUUGAAAGGAGCUUUCAUAGAAAUUUUUUCUUUGUUUGUUUGUUUUUUUACUGGUCUGAGUGAACAGUCAAACCAGGGUAGAUUAAACUAAAUAAAAUAACUACACCAUAUCUGUUUUGGGAUUAUUUUACACCAUAUCUGUUUUAGGAUUAUUUUUCUUCUUUAAAAUGAUGUUAACAUGUGGGUCCGUACAGUAAUGCAUCACUACACGUCAACUCUCCGAGAGGUUUGUACAUUUUUUCCUGCAAAAACAUGCCACACUAUAAAAGCCUCUCUCGUACAUCUCUUUUUACAUCCAUGUUUCUUACACUUACUUCUGAUCUUGCUCACUGAUGCCUCACAAUGAUGAUUUGUUGUUGUUUUUGGGGGUUUUUUUUGUGGAGUUUGUUAACAGAUGAAUGUGUCUCAGUUUUUACCCCUAAUGCAUGCAAACUUUGUGGCUUUUUUCUUUUCUUUUUUUUUUUUCUCAUUUGAAACAGAGUGCACUCUCUCAAUAUUUUUACUGUGUGUUCCAAAAAAGAAAAAGAAAUCAGCCUUAUCUGACAGGACAGAUACUACAUGGUCACAAUAUGAUGGCAGUGCAACAUGCAAAUUUGAAGCUUGGAAUGAUUAUGAAUAUAUAUGAGUGAUAUAAUAAUAAAAAAAAAAAGGAGUUUCCUCUCUUUUUAUUCCCCUUGGGUUCAAGGUGAUAAGUCAAAAAAAAAAAAAAUCUAUAUUUCAUUUGUUUUGUUGGAAGGUUUGAUCAAUUACUUGAAGUGGUGCCAUAAUUCUAUCAGAUGACUUUAUGCCUUCAUAAAUCGGUGUUUGCUUUGCUUUACAAAUAUGAAAUAAAGUUGAAAAAGGUUCUUUC